AACUUUCUCCUCUGGCGGGCCGCGUGGGGCCACGAACACGGGAGAAACACGAGGCCAUAUGAUCCAAUGCGCCGGGUAUGCGCAUGGAGAUAACCUACGCCUCCUCGAGCUCCCGCGACCUCGACCAGUCCACCGUUGAUCAAACCCCCUCCGGCUCCAUGCCGAAGACGGGACGUCCGGUGAAGGUCAUCACCUUGGAGCACCCGACGGCGUCGUCUUCCACGUGGCCGCCGCCGACUGUGUCGAGAUGGCGCGCGAAGCUGAAUCUGAUGACGUGGACGGAGUGGAUCGAGCUCUUCCUCCCUUGUUACCGGUGGAUUCGUGCCUACAAGUGGAAAGACUACUUCCAGCUUGAUCUCAUGGCUGGCGUCACCGUCGGCGUCAUGCUCGUCCCUCAGUCAAUGUCUUAUGCGAAGUUAGCCGGGCUGCCUGCGAUCUAUGGACUUUAUUCUGGUUUCGUGCCUAUAUUUGUCUAUGCCAUUUUUGGGUCAUCUCGCCAGCUUGCAAUUGGUCCUGUAGCACUAGUUUCCCUCCUGGUGUCGAAUGCCUUAGGAAAGAUAGUUGAUUCAUCUGAUGACCUGUACAUUGAACUUGCAAUAUUGUUGGCGCUGAUGGUUGGGAUUAUGGAAUGCAUAAUGGGACUCUUGAGACUUGGAUGGAUUAUUCGUUUCAUUAGCCACUCUGUAAUAUCUGGCUUUACAACCGCUUCAGCCAUUGUGAUAGCCUUGUCUCAAGCGAAAUAUUUCUUGGGAUAUGAUAUAGAACGAAGUAGCGAAAUUAUUCCACUGAUCAAGAGUAUAAUAUCUGGAGCAGACGAGUUCUCAUGGCCCCCUUUUGUAAUGGGAUCGAUUGUGCUAGCUAUACUUCUUGUCAUGAAGCACUUGGGAAAAUCAAGGAAGUACUUGCGGUUUCUGCGAGCAGCUGGUCCCCUUACAGCAGUUGUUCUUGGUACAACCUUUGUAAAAAUAUUCAAUCCAUCUUCAAUUACUUUGGUAGGAGACAUACCUCAAGGCCUCCCCAAAUUUUCAAUUCCUAAAGAGUUUGCAUAUGUGAAGUCUUUGAUCCCGACUGCCAUUCUCAUUACUAGUGUGGCGAUAUUGGAAUCAGUGGGGAUUGCGAAAGCAUUGGCAGCAAAGAAUGGAUAUGAAUUGGAUUCCAAUCAAGAGUUGUUUGGCCUUGGUGUGGCCAAUAUCUGUGGUUCAUUCUUUUCUUCCUAUCCCACAACAGGCUCCUUUUCUAGGUCAGCUGUCAAUAAUGAAAGUGGAGCCAAAACUGGAUUAUCCGGAGUUGUGAUGGGAAUUAUAAUGGCUUGUGCUCUAUUAUUCUUGACUCCAUUAUUUGAAUACAUACCUCAGUGCGCUCUGGCUGCAAUUGUGGUCUCUGCUGUAAUUGGGCUGGUUGAUUACAAUGAGGCUAUCUUCUUAUGGCGUGUAGACAAGAAAGAUUUUCUUCUUUGGACCAUAACAUUUGCAACAACUCUGUUCCUUGGUAUUGAAAUUGGCGUCCUUGUAGGGGUUGGUGUUUCACUUGGUUUCGUCAUCCAUGAAUCAGCAAAUCCACAUGUUGCUGUAUUGGGGCGUCUUCCUGGCACCACUAUUUAUAGAAAUGUUCAACAGUAUCCGGAAGCAUAUUCCUACAACGGAAUUGUGAUUGUUCGGAUUGAUUCACCAAUUUAUUUUGCUAAUACAAGUUACAUAAAAGACAGGCUACGGGAAUUUGAACUUGAGGUUGAUAACUCUACAAAACGUGGGCCAGAUGUUGAAAGGGUUUAUUUUGUGAUUAUAGAGAUGGCACCUGUUACGUAUAUAGACUCGAGUGCUGCUCAAGCGCUAAAAGACUUGCACCAGGAGUACAAGUCCAGGGACAUCCAGACGGCCAUUGCCAAUCCAAACCGUGAAGUUCUGCUUACCCUGGCAAGAUCUGGUAUGGUUGAGCUCAUCGGUAAAGAGUGGUUCUUCGUUAGAGUGCACGAUGCUGUUCAAGUUUGCCUUCAGCACGUGCAGAGUUUGAACGAGACACCCAAGGCAUCAGAAGCAUUAUCUGAUGAUUAUCCCAGUUUUUUCCAGAGGUUGUUAGGACAGAGAGCCGAGGGAUUCUCAACUGAAGAGUUGGAGUCAGGUGAUAGACAAUCUCCGGUCUCCAAAGACAAAGAUCCUCAAUUAGAGCCAUUGUUGUCGCGGAGGUUCUAAAAAGGAUAUACCUAGGCAUGUGCGGAUAUGUACUUAUUGUUGUUGUAUCCAUGGACAUAUGUAUAUGAGUCGAUGUAUAAAUAUUUUCAGACAUUCUCUUGACCUUUACCCAUUUUUUCCCAGCAUUUCUGGGCGGUUUACGCAAGUAAGCUUCUUGUGAACAUGCACUUCGUUGUUGUAUUCUGUCGAAGUUUUUGUAGUCCCGUGCAUACCCAUUUGUAAUAAUGACUCAAUUCUUUCCGCGGCUAAAUUUGUUGCGCGGUGAAGUACAAUUUGUGUCAUGUUUGAAAGUAUAUGUGACAGUAAAUAUUAGUCGUUAUCUUC